UUGACCACCCAUGUUUCCGACCAAUGAACGAUCAGGAAGAAGAGGAACAGGAGGAGCCGAUAUCCCAGCAUCCUCUGCGCGUCGACCAAGAAGGACAUCAUUGAAGAGGUUACGGCCACAAGCGUCCCAAGAUUCGCAUAGACGUGUGUUUAACGCGGAUUAAAAAUGUCUGAGACCAUUGACGAGAAGCUGAAGAACUACAGGACUGCUCCCUUUGACGCCCGGUUCCCCAACACCAACCAGACCCGCAACUGUUACCAGAACUACCUGGACUACCACAGGUGCAACAAGGCCCUGGCUGCCAAAGACCAGGACCAGACGCCCUGUCAGUGGUACAUGAGGGUUUACAAGAGCCUCUGUCCCAUGAGCUGGGUUGCUAAAUGGGAUGACCAGAUGGAAGAUGGAUCUUUCCCAGGGAAGAUCUGAAAUCCCCCAACUGUUCAGGACAGUCGACUGCAGGACACUCUGUUACGUACACCUUUACCUCUGUCGUGUACCUAAUGACAUAUUCAAACAGCUAUCACAUCAUCAACAUCUUCACUGAUGUUACGUAAACUACAAACACGCACAAGUUUUUACCCUGCAUGUUAAAGUCUGAAGUGUUUCUGUCUCUACUCUUCAAAAUUGUUAAAAUUAAUAAAUAUAGCUCUGAUUUAAUUCAAA